UUCCGGAAAUGUCGUCUGCUAUUAAGGCGUCACUACACUCACAUAGACUGUCUAGGCCAUGUCGAUUACAUCAAGCAUAUGAUUACGGGUGCCUCGCAAGUGGAUGGAGCUAUUUUGGUUGUUGCUGCUACAGAUGGCACUAUGCCGCAAACUCGCGAACAUCUCCUUUUAGCAAGACAAAUAGGAAUUGAAAGAAUUGUUAUUUUCCUCAAUAAGAUUGAUUUGGUUGAUUCUGAAUUAGCUGAACUCGUGGAAAUAGAGACUCAGGAAUUGUUAGACGAGUAUGGCUUUGAUGGAUCGGCUCUUCAAGCUUUGAAUGGUGUGUCCCAAUUUGAGAACUCUAUUCAAAAAUUAAUUGCAGCAAUGGAUAACUAUAUAAUUAUUCCUGAUCGAAAUGUAGAAGCACCGUUUCUUUUCCCCAUAGAUUCGGCUGUAGCGAUUAAAGGACGUGGUACUGUUGCCGUUGGAACUGUCCAGCAAGGUAUUAUAAAAAAAGGUAAUAAUGUUGAUAUACUGGGACACGGUGCUUCUUUAAAAUCUGUUGUAUCUGAUAAACAAAUUUUCAAAAAUUCAGUUUUAUCUUGUUCAGCCGGUGACAAUGCAGGGGCACUUCUAAGAGGUAUGCACCAAGAAGCUGUGUUACGAGGUAUGUUUUUGGCUCAGCCUAACACUUUUAAACAAUAUGACAUGUUUGAAGCGCAAAUUUAUGUUCUUACUCCAGCUGAAGGAGGACGUCAUAAACCUAUUAGCCACAAGUAUAUCCAGCUGUUAUACAGUGCAACUUGGAAUAUUGCUUGUUGUGUGUAUCUACCGGACAAUAUACCUUUAAUUAUGCCAGGCGAUACUUUAAAAACAAAGAUCUUGCUGAGAAAACCGAUGGUAUUCUUAUCAGGGCAACGUUUCACGAUUCGUGAAACCAAAUUAGUGCCAUUACUGGUAUUAUCCUUUGACCACUGACAUCUGAAAACAUUGAAAAAAAUCGCUGGGUUUAAUUACGAAUGACCAAAACCACACUUUAUUGAAAGUGGUAAUUAUCUUGUUCAGAAAAAGCGGAAAAAGAAAAAAAUCUUAAUAUUCGAAAUGUUUAUGCUUACCUGAAGUUAGCUAACACACCUUUUUGAAAGAGUAGUUACAUGCUAAAUAAUGCUGCGGAGAUUACAUUGAACUUUUUUGUAAACUUAUCUUUCUGCAGCUCAGAUCAUCAUGCUUCAAAGGAACUAACCAUUAUAUUUAUAUUAAAAUAAAAAAAAAAGACAAGCUUUGACACCCAGAAA